AUGCUCCAUGAGAUACUCCUCGCCUUGUCGGGUCAUAGCUCUCCCCUGUUUGAUCAAGAAGAAGGCAGCUCUUCCAAAGACGGUGUUCCGUUCCUCUCCCCCGCUGAGCACGCCCUGCUCCAGCCUAUAGCGGAACUAUGUCGCCUUCACACGCUGCUGCGCAAACAUACAUUGCAGAUUUCCUCAUCGCACCCUUCCACAAUAUGUCGGGCAGUGUCAACCAAUAUCUCCACGGACCAAUUGGGCAAGUUCCAGAAACAAAUAUUGGAGGUCGAGACAGCAGUCCUGGCCAAUGACGCUCGGUAUGUUGGUGGUCAUGGGAUUGUACCAUUAUCAACAAUUCGCUCGGAAUUUCUGCCAUGGGUGGGGAGGCUACGAUGGCUGUGGCAGAUCGUACGGUUCAUGUCUCCGAUUUCGGGUGAGGAGAAAGGGAUCUGCACUGGAGCCAGCUUGAUUGAUCACCUUCGAAAUGAGUCGCAUACUGGAUAUUUGGAUCUCGAGGGAAUGGCACUUCAACUGAUAAAUGCCGGAGAAAUAGCGUUUAUUCGCCAACUCUCAAUGUUCGUCCUGUACGGCCAGUUGCCCUCAUUUGGCCGUGAAGAUUUCUUUAUCCAAGAGGAUCCGUCGACGGUUGACGAAAAACGAAAAGGUGCGGCCGACUUUACAAUACGAGCAGAUCUAAUGCCAAAUUUUGUGUCUUCGUCCACUGCCAACUCAAUCUUAUUCGUCGGCAAAUCCUUGAAUCAUAUACGAGCUCAAGGAAAGUUUUCUGCUGGCGACGAAUCAAUAGCAUCGCUAUCCAAGCUGACCCUGCACGGAAACUAUCUCGAUCAUCUCUCUGCUCUUUCUUCACCGAUAACCCCUGUUGGCCUUAGUGGUGCAAUAUCCAAAAUAAGGGUUUGCCUAUCACAGACUGCCUUGUCACAACUUCUGCCACUACCAAAAAUAGUAGAAAUCCUUUCCUUGUUGCACGAUUUCCUUCUGUUGGGACGUGGCGAAUUCGCUAUGGGAUUGGUGACAUUUGCAGAUAACCUUUCCAGAGGGAGGCAUCGGAGGGCUGAUCCAUUGGGAUUGGGGAAAGAUAGUACCAAUCUGUUAGAGAACCUCACCGUUAAGGAAGGCGAAGUGACUGCAGUUUUGUCUCAAACUUGGUCUGAGCUGUAUUCCUUGCAGAAUGAAGAAGAUCCUGUUGAUGAUGAACUUGACCUAGCCAGAGAGAUUCUGCACCUUUCCAUCAAGGGCAAGUCCGGUACCAAACGGGCUUCUGCGAAAGAAGCGGCCGUUAGUAGCCCAAUAAUUGAUAUUUCUGACGUACCUUUCAACGAUUUACUGUUUGGCACUCCCACAACGUUGUCUUUAAAUGUCCAACCACCGCUAGAUCUCUUUCUCUCCCAGGCUGAUAUGGGAUUAUACUCGAAAGUCCAUUCUUACCUACUUGCCAUUCGUCGAGGCCAAAUUCACUUGAGCAAUCUAUGGAAAUUGUCAUCUCUUCGAAGAACUUAUCCGGCCCCUCCUCUAGCGAACAAACGUGGAGGCCAGGCAAGAUGUCAAUCAAACCGGGAACGUGCUCUUACCCGAGCUGCUGCAAUUAGACCUGUCUGGAUCACGGCAAGCAGAGCACUUUUUAUUCUGUCAGAGCUUACAGGCUAUAUGCACGGGGAGGUUAUAUCGAACUCGUGGCAACAUUUGAAGCAAUGGCUUGACGAACUUCGACCAGUAUCCAUGCGUGACUCGCGACCAGGAACGGCAGCCUCCGCAGCUUCCCAGCGCGAAAUUUCGGGCUGCAACCUUUCAGCCAGAGAAUCAAGCUUUCCGCAGCAUGACCCAGAAACGAUCACAGCAGCCCACCGUGCGCACUUGGAUAUCUAUUAUCAAUUCGUAUUCCUAACAGAUGUACCAUUUACUCGAACACUUCGCACUCUCUUAAACGCCAUUGACCAUUUCAUCGCCAUGAUCCUCCGUCUCGAGACGGUACAGCAAAACCUAGACCUGGAAACCGACGAGGGCGUCGUGGAUUCCCUAGCCGACUACGCUGCGGAAGACAAGAGAAUAAUGCAUGACCUACGCCUAGCAAGGGUUGAGGUCGACAAUAACGUGUCGGAUCUCAUUUCCCGACUGCGGGAUAUUGACGAUAAUCGUCUUGGAGAUGGCAAGCGACCGUUUGACCUGGGUCAAAUUAAUGUUGUUGCUAGUAAUAUAAAUGGAGAUGGGAGCAUAAACAUGUUUGGCGAGGGCGCCAGUGCAUUCGUACCUUGGAAACCCGCUGGGGUGGAUCAAUUGCUGAUGAAGUUGGACUUUUUCAGUUCAAGCCAGAAAAGCGAUGUCGACGGAUUUGAAUUCGAGGCCCCGUUAACUUGA